AUGGUAGUGAAGAAAUGGAGUUUGAAUUGGGUUUCUACUAUUGUUUUAACAUUUUUAGCAUUAGUUGCCCACAGUAAUGGCUUAGGAGAUAGGAAUGGUUUUGGUGUGCCUGAGGUAGCCAGGGUAUGGACUGUAUUGACUCGUAUAUUAUCUUUAGAGGAUGACCUUUCGGUGCUUCAAGGAUUAUUUCCAGUAGUUUUCCAAUUGGAUGACUCUUUGAUUUUAGAAGAUAUGGAACAAUUGCCUGAAACUGUUUCGGAACUUUUGGUCAAAGAGUUUCAGAAACCAAAUGAGGCUGCUCUAUUGAUAGAGUAUUGUUAUCUAUAUCCUAUGGGAUUUCCUUCUGAACUUACAGAUGGAGAAGAAACAAACUCUAAUUACUUCAUUUUAAAUGAUAAGCAUUAUUAUGAACCUGACGAUGUUUUUUAUCUGAAAUCUGGAGAUUUGAAGAAACAAUCCUUAAAACAAGACGCAGAUAUACUAUUGGUCAAUGAUGUGGUUAUUGGUGAGAACAGUAAAGCUCCAAUUGUGCUUCUAUAUGGGUGCCCUGUAGGAGACGGAGUUUUUGAUAGCUUUAAUAGAAAUCUUUUUGCAGAAGCUAAGGCAGAGAAAUUGAGAUAUAUAUGGAGGUCUACUUGUUCUUUAGAUUAUCAAGAUGAUCCCAUUGAAUUAAGUGUGAGUUUGACAAAGCGUAAAAAUUCAGGGCUAACAAAAUGGAAUUAUGAUUUCCCAGGAGAUCUGCCAGCAGAAUUUAGAAAAAGAAAAUAUACUAUGCAAUUACCUACAACCGAGGAACUUAAAGAUAUGGAUUUAAAAGUAGCAUCUCUGAUAGGAAGCUUCUACGAGAAAACUAAGAAUUUUUCAAAAACUCUUGAUUAUGCUAAGAGUAUUGUUAAUAAUUAUUUGUUGUUAGUUCCACAGCUUUUGAAAGCCAAAGUCAAUGAAAGAAUUAUUGAAACCCAAAAACUACUAUCGAAGAAAGGUAUCGAUUAUAAUAUGUUGGGUUUAUAUAUAAACGGGAAUAAUUUACGUUUCUCAAUGCUCAAUGAAUACACGCUGUUGAAUGCGAUUAAAAUGGAAUUACAAGAUGUUAAUCGGUUUGAAAAGCUAUUAUCGAAUAUUGGUGCUAAAAACACAUUACCUUUGGCUAAAAAAUUGUUGAGUCGCUUUUCUCAAUUUUCAUUAAAUAAUCUCAAAGAAUUACAACCUUUUAAGCUUGAUCUUCACAGAAUUCCUGCAUUUGAAGGUAGUGUAAUUUAUUUUAACGAUAUAGAAAAGGAUACACAGUAUAAUGAAUUAUCUACUGAUGUUGAAGCUUUCUUUGAAAAAUCCAAAUAUGGUGAAAUCCCUGAGUUUCGACAAAAUUGGAAUGAGAUUAUAUUUGUAAUUGAUUUUAACACAUUACAUGACUCUGAAACUCAAGAGGCAUUAUCUGGUUUAAUACGGGCUUUGAAUAUUAUAUCCCAAGGUUAUCCUCAACGAAUAGGUCUACUGCCAUUGCAUACCGGAAAUGAUAAAAAUAUUAUUAGAUCAAUUUACGAAUUGAAAGAAUCUGGUAUAAAGCAUUUGAUAGAAUUUUUGAAUGCUUUAUUAAAAAAUGAAAAUGACGAAAUAAAUGAUAAAGAUUUGUUGUUUAGUGAUUAUGAAGAUGUCCCUUCAAUCGACAAAUUUUUAGAAGAUAUGGAAAUAUAUGAGAACUCGGUGAUAAUAAAUGGUGAAAUUUAUCCUUUCAAAAGUAAUACUUGGAAUUAUUUAAUUGCAAAGAUUAUCAAAAAGGAUGUUACUUUAUUAAAGCGUGAAUUGUCCAGACAAAAAGGUCAAAAAGAUGUUAAAGUAAGAGGUCUCUUGCAUUUGAAGUCGGGUGUUAAUAGAAAUAGCAGGUAUCUUCCUGAUUAUUUUGCUGAUUCUGUCUAUACAUAUAUGAAUAAUGGUAUAUUAGAAAAUAUUAGAGAGAACUUGAUUGAAUAUAUUCCAAACAAAGAAUUCAACGUUUUACACACAAUAACAUUGGCUGAUGAUUUUAACCAACUUGAAGCACUAAACAGAUUGGAAAGUUUAAUCAAUAUAUCUUAUGGUGGUAUCAAAAUAAGGUUAAUUAACUUGUUUGAUGAUAAAUCUGGGAACUGGGGGAAGUUAAAAGAUGCAUUUUUAAAGUCGAAAGAUUUAAUAAGUGUAGUUGAAUCAUUACAAAGAAAGAAACCGUUGAAGAAAGGAUCUGAAAAAUCAGUGGGAAUUGAUAUUUUGCAUAAAUGGUUACCAGAUGUUCCUCUUAAAUACAUUGAUGAUAGAAACUUUAUGAUUUUCAACGGUAAAGUGAUAUCAUUUGAAGGAGAUGAAAUUCUUGACACGAAGUUGUUUGAGUCUAUUCUUCAACGUGAAGCAAAGAGAACUCUUGACACUAUGUAUUCAUUUGAAGAAAUAUAUCCAGACUUUUUUAUAGAUGGUGUUGAUCCUAAUAAUGUUGAGGUAGCAUCAUCUUUAUUGACAAAAAUGUUUUACCAUAGUUCAGACAUUUAUCAUAACGGUAUCGAAUAUAAAACUGAGAGUGAAUUGCCAAGAAUGGAUUUGAAUAAGUUCUUAGAGAAUGAUGAUUUUACUAUAUUUGACAAAACCUCAAAGCCAAAGCCAGUGGAUAUUUUGUUAAUAUUAGACCCAUUAGAAGAACGUAGUCAAAAAAUACUUUCACUAGUUUCUAAGAUUGAACAACUGCCAUUUAUAAACAUAAAACUGGUUAUUUUACCAACUAAAGAUUUAUCCUUUUAUUCUAUUGAAAGAGUUUACCUUCCAAAUACUGAUAUUGAUGAUCUAUUAUCAAGUGAUUUGAGGAAAUAUUUUGAUAUUGAAAUUGAUUCUAAUCCAGAAAUGGUUAUGAAUGAAAAUUUUGAAAUUACCGAUUUAGUAUUAGAAGUUCAUGCAUUUGAUGAAACUAGACCUGUAUCUGAAGGUACUGUUGAUGGUCAAGGUGGGGUAUGUCUGGAGUUACUUGACUCCUCGGAUAAUUUGGUAGGAAAGGCAUUUACUAUGGAAACAUUCGGCUAUGGACAAUUUAAUAUUCCAAAACUGGGAAAAUGUUUUAAAAUUCAAAGUUGUGACCCUAGAUUUGAAGUUGUGUCAUUUUCAGAUGCCGCAUAUUCUGACUACAUAUCUGUCAAGUCUUUUUCUAUACUUGAUUUCAACCCAAAAAAGGUAUAUGUGAAGUUAAGAAAAUUAUCCGAUGAUAAAUUUGUAAAGACUAUCGAAGACAAUAAAAUUAACAUUUUUUCAACCUUGAACGGCAGUCCUGAGGAAGAGGGAAACUACAAAGAAAUGGUUUUAUCAAUAUUAGCAAGUUCUAAAAAUGAUGGAAAAAGAAUCAAAUUUUGGAUCCUCGAUAUUCCCCAAUUAUCCACAUCGUUUAGAGAAUUUUGUAGCAGGAUUACUUUGGAAGAAUCGGUUAAUAGUGAAAUUGAAUUUAUCAAGUAUAAUUGGCCAAGUUGGUUAAGACCCCAGAGGUUUAUAGAUAGAAGACUUGAUAUUUCCAAAUUCAUUUUUAUCGAUGUCUUGUUUCCCCAAGAAGUGGAUAAAAUAGUAUACAUGGAUCCAACAAGAGAACCAAUUGAUAUAUUUGAUAUACUUGAAGGAAGUUCUAAGUUCUCUUCGCCAUUUGUGAUGUUUCCAAUUUCAGGAAAAGGUUACUGGAGUGAAGGAUAUUGGUCCAAAAUGCUGAAAGAAAAGAAACUAAGAUUCCAUUCCAUUCAUCCUGGUUUUGUUAUUAAUUUGCAAGAAUUAAGGAAACUCAGUGGUGGUGAUAAAUUAAGAAUCCAUUAUCAAAGACUAUCAGCGGACGUUAGAUCUCUAACAAACAUCGGCCAAGAUUUAGUUAAUGAUGUACAAGCAGAUGUUUCAAUCGCGCCAUUAAAAAAAUCACUAAAGAAAAGAUUAGAAAUAUCUGAGGAAAAGCUUUCUGCUUUGAGACAAUUGAUUUCCAAUGGCUCUGCUAAUUCAAAAGGUUCAGGUGAACCAUUACAUGAUGAAUUAUGA